AUGGUUUUAGACAGAGUGAGUGCUGCCAAACUGGAGCUCUCAAAGGCCAAGGUGAGGAUGGAGGAAGCUGAUGCAGAGACCAAAGACCCCAAAACUCCUGAUGUCAGCGAGGCUGCAUCUUACCAGAGAAGUGCGUCCUCCACUCUUCAGAACCUGAGGAGGCUUCAUCCCACAGAGACACCAAACGGCUGGAGGAUGAGUUCUGCUCAGAGUCUGGAGAACAAACUGCAGGCCCUGCAGUGCCACUUCACCUGGGACCUCAAUCCCAGAAAACCCAGGCUCAUCACUCUCCAGAAAAUCCUGGAGGACAUCAGCACAGAUGAGGGGGACUUCUGGCUGGGUCCCAUUUACAACCUGCAGGGGUUCAUCCACUACAAGCUGGGCUCCACUGAAGAGGCCCUGAGCUCCUUCAACCAGGCCACUGAGACCUUCCAGCAUCAGAAAAACACUGAUGAAAGUCCCUGGUUGAUGGUGAACUUUGGCAAUCUGGCUUGGCUGCACCACCUGAUGGGUGAAGAUGAGAAGAGUCAGCACUACCUGUCAAAGGUGGAUGCUCUACAAAAGAAGAAGGAGGAGCUCCACCCAGAGGUGUGUGCUGAGAAGGCCUGGACCCUGAUGAGGUUCGACGAAGAGAAGAAGCAGCAGGCUGCAGAGCUCUUCCAGAGAGCCAUCCAGAUGCAGCCAGAUGUGGUGGAGUGGCAGAGCAGCUGCGCCAUAUUAGGAGCAGAGGCCUUCAAAGACAACUUGGAAAACAUGGACUCUGAGGUCUUGGAGAUCCUGAGAUCUGCCAAAGAACGAGAUCCAGAUAACUUAUACAUUGCUGCUCUUUAUCUGGAGGCAAGAGCUGCAAAAGGAGAACUAAGUCAGGGUGAACUUCAAAUGUUGGCUGAGAAGGUUUUAGAAGCGCCAGUCAGCAGUUACAGUGGACUCGGCCCAUUACUGCGUCUGUAUAGAAACUACAAAUCUAAAGAUGAUGCUGUUAAAUUAGCCGAGGAGGCCCUAAGGAGGCAACCUGACUCACGUUAUUUAAAGAGGUCCGUUGCAAUCUGCUUGGCAAAGAAGGUCCUUUCUCAAGAAUACAAACCCCAACCUCCAGAAAUCAUGAAAGUAAUCCGUCAUUGGAAGGAAGUGAUGGAGGCGUAUCCUGAAUCUUCAGUUAGGGAAGAUUUAACUCUUGCGCAAUUAUAUGCAAAGGUAGACAUAGAGAAAGCUGACAGGAUUUACAAAGAGCUGCUGGAAAGAGAUGACCUGGAUCUUAAAGAAGAACAGAUGCUUUACCACCGUUAUGCAAACUAUUUAUUCUUCAUUAGAAAUGAGAGUGACGAGUCUAUUAAGUACCAACUGAAGGCAGCAGAGAUUCCAGUAGAAACCCAGUAUCGUAGGAAGAGCAUCAAGGAGCUGAAGAAAGCCUCUAACAAAAUAAGAGACCCAGAAAUGUGCAGAAUGAUCAGGGAGCUUCUGACCAGACUGGAAAAUCAGCCUGAAACCCAGAAUCAGUGAAUCUUAGAGACGGGAAAGUGUCUGAAAUUAUUCUGAAGAUCAAAGAAAAUCAGUAGAGGUUUUAUUUAAACAUUCCAUGUGAUUUUAUCUCUGUACAAUACAUUGGAUGAUAAAUAAAGACAUGUUUUUAUCUUUAUUCUUAUGUUUUGAAAAUCUGU